AUGAAUACUGCAACACCGUCUGGCAGGGAUGCGACGCCUGAUGUAGCUGCCAGCGGACCGACCCCGAGCGGCGCCGCUAAACCGACUCGACCUGCCGGCCUAGAGGAGGGCCGCGACUCGGGCUACUUCGAUUCCUCGGCAUCCAACGCCUCUGGGUCCCCAAGACUGUCCCUGAGUGCUGCCCCGGCGUUCAUGCAGGACGGCACUCCACCAAGGUCGCUGGACGAUGAGUACCUGGCCGAUAGGGUGAACCCUGACAAACCAGGUGACACAGAUUACACCAUUGGGAGCUGGGGCCACGACAAUGACAGCGACAAGACAGCGCUGUUCCCCGAAUACCACCCAGCACCUUUCCCCUCCGAGUCACCGCAAUGGAUCCACCGAGUCAAGGACUUGACCUUGCAGGCGAUUCUCGGAAGAAAGGCCAUGGCCCGCCGUGGCAAGAGAAAGGCAAGGGCCAGGAAGAUUCGAACGACGAACAAGAUUGCCGGGCCAGACCAACCCGUGCCAAUGGCCAGCGGCGUUCUCAUGCCCCCGCAGCCGGCGACCGAGGCGGAGCGAGCACAUGUCGCCAAUGCAGUUUCAGAGUCGCUCGGAAGCAGGCCACAGAUGGGGCCGCCGCGACCGUGUUCCUGCGGUACGCCCGAUCAUUCGGGAAGCAGCUGCAUUUUUGGGCACUGA